AUCAACGCAACAUCAUCUUAUACUGGAGAACAAAGUCUCCUUGAUCGUUAAAAUAGGCCUAUUUGGAGAGCCUAGUUCUAUGACCCAACUUCACCCCGAUAAUCCCACAUAAGAUCAACUUAAACUUAGGGGAGAUCGGCCUGUCUCGUCACACGACAACGCACGAUAUCGCAAUGGACCCAGGACAAGCAUCUCAGACCCUGCUCCACGGUGCAGUUGAUAAUACCACUCGAGCAAUUUUCAGCAAUACCACUACGUUCUACAGAUUUUUCAAAGUGGGAAGUCUCGGUAGUAGCAUUCCUUUACUAGGUUACCUAGCAGCUUAUUACCGCAUCCCCUUUCAUGUCUGGGUACAACUGAUAUAUGCUUAUAUUGUCAGGCUCUUCCUCAUUUGGACUGUAUUAAGCCUGCUUCUUCGGAUUUAUAGGCUCCAACCCAAGAUAAUGGCUUUUCUCGUCGGACUAUAUGCGCCCACAUUCGGGCCAUCGCUCAUCGUCUUCAGUGUCGCAUACUUUCCUAAGUUCACUAUUAUUUUCUUCAUCCUGUCCCUUGUUAUUGGCACCCUUGCCACGUAUACUGCUAUGGAGCCAGAUGAUUAUCGAAUAGAACGCAGGCUACCGACAUAGGUCUAAGAUAUAACCAGUCUACCUUUGGGCUCCUCAGGAUAGUUUUCUACAAUCAUUCACAUCCUCUUUUUUGUUAAGUAUUUGGUACGGAGAUUAGAGCCGUUGUAUAGA